AUGACCACAAGUAAAACGAAUAAUAAGAAGUAUCAAUUAAUAAUCGGGCGUCAUUGCCUUUUUAAAUCACCUAAUUAUUUACCGGGUGCCGUUAAGGAAGCAGCAAGUUAUGGCGCGAAUGCCCUGAUGAUUUAUCUAGGAGCACCCCAAAAUACUCGCCGUCGGCCCUUAACUGAAUUAAAAAUACCCGAAUUUAAAAAAACACUUGUUGAAAAUAAUAUUGAGAUUGAUAAUGUAAUCGUUCAUGGCCCUUAUGUAGUGAAUUUAGCAAAUACUUCCCGGGAGGAAAUUUUCCACUGGUCGGUUGAGUUCCUGAAAAAGGAGGUGGCUAGAAUGGAGGGAAUAGGCUUAAAAACUAUUAUUCUUCAUCCCGGGAGUGCGGUAGAUACGCCAAUCGAGGAAGCCCUGUCCCAGGUGGCGAAGGGAAUUAGUUUGAUUCUGGAAAAAAAUUCUACUGUUCGCAUUGCCUUGGAAACUAUGUGUGGCCGUGGUAGCGAAGUGGGGAUAAAUUUUGAGCAGUUGAAAUAUAUAAUGGAUAGGAUAGAACAAAAAGAAAGAAUAGGAGUAUGCUGA